CUCUCUUUCUCUCUCUUUAUGUAUAUGUGUGUGAAUAGACAUGGUUAUUAUAUCUAUAAAAGUAAUGUUUGUCUCUGUUUCUAAUUUGGAGCAAUAUAUGCAGCCAGAGGCUCUUAAAAAUGAAGUCUUCAUGUGAAUUUCUGUGUGAAACACAAAUCCCAUUUUGGAUUUUCCAUUUCUGAUAAUGGGUUGUCCUCAAUUUUGCAGAAUGUGUUAGUAAUUUGAUUGAACUGAGUUUUAUAUUGUAUAUGUUUGUGUGUGUUUAUGUACAUUAUGUGCAGACAAAGUCUGUUAAAAAUGAAGUGCUCAUCUGAAAUUUUUGUGAGAAACACAAAGCCCAUUUUGGAGUAUUACAUUUCUCAUAAUGGGUUAUCCUCAAUUUUGUGGAAUGUGAUUGACUUGAGUUGUAUGUAUAUAUGAUAUGUGCAGUUAGAGUCUCUUAAAAAUAAUUUUCAUUUUGAAUUUUGUGAUAAAAACAAAAACCAUUUUGGCUUUUCCAUUUUGGUAAUGGGUUGUCCUCAAAUUUGCAGAAUGUGUUAGGAAUAUGAUUGAUUGAGCUGAAUGUGUAUAUGUUUUUGUGUGUCUGUAUCCAAUAUUUACAGUCAGAGUCUAUUAGAAAUAAAGUGUUUACGUAAUUUUGUUUGUAAGUAAACACAAAUCCCAUUUUGGGUUUCCCAUUAUUGAUAAUAAUUAUCCUCUCGCAUAAUGCAUCAGAUAUGUGAUUGAAUUGAGCUGUACAUGUACAUAAUGCAUGUGAAAAAGAGCUAGAGUGGCAAUCUAAUUCUGAGGUAAAAUGGAAAAGUCUGACAGGAUUGCACAGAAAUCAAUAGAUGGAAAUUUCAUUACAAACGAUUGGUGUUUUUUGGUCUUUCUUCAGGAACUCAAAGAUGUAACUAUAAGAUAAGAGUUUAGCUUGAAUGAAACCUGAACUGCGAAGUAACAUUUGCGGAUAUGUUUUUGAAAGUUGAUCAACAAGCAAUGAACUCAGCUUACUUUUUAAAUUAUAAUUAUUAUAAAACCUCGUUGCCCUCUGAAUAGGUCCAACAUAAAUAUUGAGUCUGUUCAAAUAAGAACUUGACUCAUAUUUGGAAUUUGUGAGGGCAUAUGACAUAAUCAACUUCCAAGUUCUUGCAUUUGUUUACCCGAUCUCUCAAUACAAUUGUGUGAAUAGGAAGAUUACAACUUGUGCCUUUAGGGCUACCAGUUUCAAUUUGCUAGCUUUGACAAUCACUGAGAUUGUAAUUCCAAACAAACAAAGCAGUGAGUGUAUUGAAUUACAAUGGAAAAGUGGAUGGUCGGUGGAUGCUUGAAAUGUGAAGCGCCUCUAAACUUCUGACAUAGGGUAUUGAGUGGUUUAAUGAGAAAGUAUAAUGUCUGAAGAGGCUGGACCGUUGUUGGUGGUUUAUGAUGAUCCCUCAGAUCAACGAUCUUUGUCCUUGGACGAUACCAGUAGCACUGAGGAAUCACCUGAUGAAACUAGGCUCUCCCUAGAAACCACUAAUGAUGCAAUUCCAUAUAUGGGGCAAAGAUUUGCUACUCAUGAUGCUGCUUAUGAAUUUUAUAGUGAAUUUGCAAAGCGAUGUGGCUUCUCAAUCCGGCGUCACCGCACAGAGGGGAAGGAUGGGGUUGGUAAAGGACUCACUAGACGCUACUUUGUCUGUCACCGUGCUGGCAACACCCCCAUCAAAGCCUCAAAUGAAAGUAAACCUCAAAGAAACCGAAAAUCAUCUCGUUGUGGAUGUCAAGCGUACAUGCGAAUAAGCAAGUCAACAGAAUUAGGGGCUUCAGAAUGGCGUAUCACAGGUUUUCUAAACCACCAUAAUCAUGAGCUCUUAGAACCAAAUCAAGUUCGUUUCCUUCCUGCAUACCGGACCAUUUCAGACACAGACAAGAGCAGAAUCCUUAUGUUUGCCAAAACAGGAAUUUCUGUGCACCAGAUGAUAAAACUUAUGGAGCUUGAGAAGUGUGUGGAGCCAGGAUAUUUGCCUUUCACUGAAAAGGAUGUUAGGAAUUUGCUCCAAUCAUUUAGGAAAUUAGAUCCAGAAGAGGAGAGCAUAGACUUAUUAAGAAUGUGCAGAAACAUUAAGGAGAGAGACCCCAACUUCAAGUUUGAGUAUACACUUGAUUCAAACAAUAGGUUAGAGAACAUCACCUGGUCAUAUGCCUCAUCUGUCCAGUCAUAUGAGAUCUUUGGUGAUGCAGUUGUGUUUGAUACAACACAUCGCUUGACUGCAUUUGACAUGCCGCUUGGGAUAUGGGUUGGAAUGAAUAAUUAUGGUAUGCCUUGCUUCUUUGGCUGCGUCCUUUUGCGUGAGGAAAAUUUGAGGUCGUUUUCAUGGGCAUUGAAGGCAUUCUUGGGGUUUAUGAACGGGAAGGCUCCGCAAACAAUUCUAACUGAUCAAAAUAUGUGUCUCAAAGAAGCAGUAGCCCUUGAAUUGCCUAUGACGAAACACGCACUUUGCAUAUGGAUGAUUGUAGGGAAAUUUCCGUCCUGGUUUAAUGCUGUACUGGGAGAACGUUACAAUGAGUGGAAGACAGAGUUUUUUCGAAUCUAUAAUCUGGAGUCAAUUGAGGAUUUUGAACUUGGUUGGAUGGAGAUGGUAAAUUCCUUUGGGUUGCAUGCUAAUAGGCAUAUAGCCAACUUGUAUGGGUUGCGCUUACUUUGGGCACUACCAUUCUUGAGAACCCAUUUCUUUGCGGGAAUGACAACGAAUGGCCAGUCAAAGUCAAUUAACGCUUUCAUUCAAAGAUUUUUGAGUGCACAGACCCGGCUUGCACACUUUGUUGAACAAGCAGCAGUUGCUGUGGAUUUCAGAGAUCAAGCUGGAGAACAACAAACAAUGCAACAGAAUCUCCAAAAUAUUUGCUUGAAGACAGGGGCCCCCAUGGAAUCCCAUGCUGCCACUAUCCUCACUCCUUUUGCCUUCUCUAAGCUACAAGAACAACUUGUUCUGGCUGCCCACUAUGCAUCCUUUCAGAUGGAUGAUGGUUUUCUUGUAAGACACCACACAAAAGCUGAGGGAGGCCGGAAAGUCUAUUGGGCUCCUAGGGAAGGCAUCAUCAGUUGCAGCUGCCAUCAUUUUGAGUUUUCUGGAAUUCUCUGCCGGCAUGCUCUUCGAGUUUUCUCAACAGGAAACUGCUUUCAGAUACCAGAUAGGUAUCUUCCUAUCCGUUGGCGCAGGAUCAGUACACCUUCUGCAAAGCUUUUUCAGAGUACUCCAAGUGAUCAUGCAGAAAGAAUUCAGAUAUUGCAAAGUAUGGUAUCCACUCUUGUAACAGAAUCCGCCAAGUCCAAGGAGAGGCUAGAUAUUGCAAAUGAGCAAAUUUCCAUCCUUUUAUCUCGUAUAAAAGAGCAGCCAGUUUCAUUACAAGGUAUGAGAGAUGUGUCGUCCGUUCAUGAAGUUUUUGAUUCAAGAAUAUACCAAAAAUAGUUAGCAUAGUGUUGAAUUCUCGUGGAAAGCAGAGGGAAACACGGUGGAAAUUAUCACAGAAAGCAAGUUUGGGGAUUUGUAUAGCAAGAUUUGAGAGGAAAGCUUCUUUUGUUGAAGGCUUGGGGCUGAGGUUCUUUGUAUGGCAUUUUGAGAGUUUUGGUACAUACAUAUAAUUGAUACAAGUUGUCUUUUGUAGACACCAUAUAAAAAGCCUCUCCUUUGCAUGGUGUUUUCACGAGGGUUCCAAUAUGUACAAAAUAUAUAGAAAUAUCUUUGUGUCUGUAUGUAUAUUGCUGUUUUUGUGGUUAAAAAGAUUAGCUCAUUUUGGCAUUUAGAAUUAUGAUACAAGAAAACCAUAUGUUUAGAGGACGUGGUGUGUAAUUCAUCCCAAAAUAUGUAGUGUGUCUUGAUGCAACUGAAGGAUUGAAAGAACUUUGUGUCUGUAUGAACAUUGUUGUGUUUUUGGUUAAAA